UCUGAGAAUCUUAUUUGUGAUUGGAUAUGACCGUGACGGGGCGGAGCCCAGGGACUUGAUAAUGAGGGCUGAGCGUCAUUUCCCCUCUAUCAGAGAGCAAAGACGCCCCCCAACCCAUUUAACCCGUUGAGACUUGAGCUCCUCCUGGGCUCCGUCGCAGGCCACCCAAUUGGGGCCGACCUUGAAGGCGUUCUAGGUCUACGCCAGCCUGCAGACCCUCAUAGUGUGACCUCUGACCCUGGUAUUUGAUCUUAGCCCGGCCCCUGGAGUGGGCUGAGGGGGCAGCCAUGGAGCUGGGCAGCUGCUUUAAGACCUACGAGGACUUCAAGAAGUGCUUCAGCAUCUACAAAAAGGAGAACAGGUGCUCCUUCAUUCUCAGGGACCGCGUCUCCGUCCGCUUCCACAACCUCAACCAUGGCACCUCUAUCCGUGAGGACAUCCUAUACGUGCAGGUGAAGUUUGUCUGUAUUCGGACCCAGUCAAACCGGAGGAGAACACCAGGGGCAGACAUGUGCCCGGCGUACCUGCUCCUGCGGUACAGUGAGAAACUGGACAGGCUGUUUAUCAGUGAGCUCAACACCCAGCACAUACACGUGGACUGCAGAAUUGCGGAUCCCGGAGGAGACGCGGCUGGCAAGUCUCAGAAGACGGUGUGCUUGCAGAAACCGGAGCCCGAGCAGCCCGCAUUUGAGGAAGAUCUGGACGUGGCCGAGAAGCCCCUGGUCAAGCCAUCACUUUGCUCAGAUAAGAUCCAAGCAACCCCGCAGCCAGAGCAGGAGGGUAUCACCCCUUCUGACCUGGCCAAGAUAGCAAAAGUGAUGAAGAACUUUCUUAAGGUGGAUGAGGGUUCCAUGGCCUCCCUCAGUGUGGGCAACAGCCAGGACCUGGACCGGCUCAGCUUCCAGAGCAGCAGGAUGAGCAGCCUGUUCACGCGCUUCCCAGAAAGCCUCCUGCUGCACCGGGUGGAGAACGCCCAGGGCCACACUCUCUACGCUUUCCUGGUGGAGAACAAGGAGCGCGAGGGCCGAGUGGUGCAUUUCUCUGUGCUCAAGGCCGAGACAGCCACGUCUGUGGCCAAGAUGCUGAGCAUCUUCACCGAGUUCAACUCAGAUUGGCCCAAGAUCAAGGUGGUCUUUGUGGACCCGUCCUUCCCUCACCGAGCUGUCCUGCAGGAGGUCUUCCCCAUGGCCCGCGUCCUCCUCUCCAUCUACCACACGACCCGCCUCCUAGAGAAGAAGUUGCACCGCAGUUCAGCAAACUCGUCCUUUAAAAGUCUCAUGAAGGAAGCCCUGCGGGAGGCUGUGUUUGUCACCUCGGACGCCAGCCUGCAGAGUCUCUGUCAGAUGUCCCAGGCCCUCCUGGACGAGGAGCUCUUCGGCUUCCUGCAGGCCCACUGGUUCUCCUGCGAACUGCUGUGGUACAUGCACGUCAGGAAAGGCCUGCACGCGUGCAGCACCUACAUGGACAGCCUGGAUGUCGUCACCAGCAAGGUGUCGAGCCUCUUCCGGGAGCCGCGGUCGCUGCUGGACUGCAUCCUCCGCUUUGUGGACUACAUAGACUUCUUCAAUACCAAAGGCGUGAAGAACUUGCCCACAGCUCCCCCCAGGUUAAAGAGAGCACGGCCAGCAAGCUCGCCCCCAAAAUCCAGGAAGCCUUUUGGAAUCUGUGGCGGGAUCCCUGCGGAGGAGGUCCCACAGCAGGUGCCAUUGCAGCAGCAGCCACAGGGGCAGCCCUCCGAUGGCGGCAUGCUGGACUCCCUGCGCCACAGUGGUUUUGAACUGGCCUACAAGCUGUGCUACAACGAAUGGGAGGUGGUACAGAGCUCCACGCACCUGGUGGAUGUGGGUGACUCCUCCGUGGACGUGCAGCUGCUAGAGGACUCUCACCAGGUUAGCAAAGAUGGCUGUAGCUGCAGCUGCUCCUUUCAACAGUGGCACCACCUGCCAUGCCGGCACGUUCUGGCCCUGCUGCACACCAGCCAGAAGCCCGUGGGUGAAACCAUGGUCUGCCGCCGGUGGCAAAAGAGGUACCAGCACCUCCUUGGGCCUGGUGGGGAGCUCCGGGACCCUGUUGGGGUCCCAAACACAGGCCAGCCUGGGAAGCAAGGGCGGAAGGACAUGAUUCAGGACCUAAGCAGGGAGCUAGCAAACCUGCUAAUGCAGAGUGAGGGGCCAGAGCUGGAGGAGCGCUUUUCCACCCUGCGCAAGAUUGUGGACAUCUGGGCUGACCCCUGCCAGCUGUCGGAGCCCACUCAGCAGCCAGGGGACUUCAAGGAUGUGGGCCGCCUCCCUUUUCUCUGGGGAAAGCAGGAGGAAGUGGAGGGACUCCCUCGUGCUGGAGCCACGAUUCAUGAUUGAAGCACUUGCUCUGAUGCACUGGACCGCAAACCUCUCUCCCUGGAAGUCCGAGAGCUCAGAGGAGGCAGGACUCACCAGGAGUCAGCAUUUUACCCACUGUCUCCUUAGGUAGGGCUAGGAAGAUUGUUAAAACAGGGAGAAGAGGAGCCCCGUUGUUUGACAGUCCUGUGAAUCACUCCCUUUUCUGCCCUACCUUUGGCAUUCCUCGAGCCUCAUUCAUUGUUCAAGGCCAAAGUCGUUUCCAUGUUGAAGGGUCACGCCUCUCUCCCCUCUCAUCCCUGAGGUCAGGUCUUACUCCCUUUACAGAGAUGAACCUGAGGCCCAGGAUAGGGUGAGACGAAAUAGACCUGGUGAAAUUAGGCCUGGUUUCAAGGACAGAGGGAAGGAGCGUGGUCCUUGAUUGUUGCUGCUCUUUACAAAGAAUCUGUUAUUUGUGUCUAUUUUUAUUCCUAUUAAAGGUUUGGUGUUUU